AGAAGAUCGAGACGCAUCGGCGCUGGUCGGCCGGGCGCCCAAUAGGACUUGGCGAUACAUGGAAACCUGGAUCCAGUGACUCACUGAGAACAUCACUUCCGGGUACUGGGUUACUCCGAUCUUCAAGUUGAACAGGAGUCAAAGUCAUGCUUCCAUUAACUAAAAAGAACAAAACUGUGGUCCAGGCACUGCUCCGGGCUGGAUCCUGCCCUCGAUGUGUGCUGCGAUUCUGUUGCGUGGGAAACCAAGCCACAUACAGACUUUCUUCCAAGGAAAUGUUCGUUGAACUCCGCAAAUUCUUGAAUGAUGAUGAUGAAUGCAAGUCCGAACCAAUAAAAAAUGAUCAACCACUUUGUAAGAAAAUCAGAUUGGAGGAUGGUAAAAAUAAUGAUAUGGAUUUGGACAAAAAUGAAGCUACAAAACUGCCAUCAGAUGAACUUUUGGAUCCUGAUGUUGGUGUUCGAACCUGCACGGUAUGUCUGGGUGUUCUACAGGACCUUUGUGAAAAAGAUUUUGUGAAAAAGGUGUGUGAUAAAGUGGAAUCUGCUGGUUAUCAUUUUAGCAGUCUUGUAUUUUCAGUUUCACUGCCACCACAGCUCUUAGUCCGAGAGCAUGCCAUUUGGUUGCUCGUAAAACAGGAAGCAGGGCAACAAGGAAGUGUUUUGACAAAAGGUGAUAUUUUACAACUUAAGGAGGUUUACAAGUGGAUAACCCACCCUCUGCUUUCCGAAGAGCUGGGUGUUCCUGUGGAUGUGAAGAGCUUAUUUGAAGUGAGUGUGAUCUUUGCUCAUCCUGAAACAGAUGGAGAUUGCCAUUUUCUGGCCAUAGUGUGUCGUGACUGCUUCAGACCAACAAAAAACAAGCAGUCCAUUUUCACUAGAAUGGCAGUGAUGAAAGCUUUGGAGAAGAUAAAAGAUGAUGACUUCCUUGAACUGUUUCAUUAUAAGCUUGAAGCGCCUAAAGGCUCCUGUAUUGUUCAGGAAGUUCAGUGCACACAUAAUUCGGUCUAUGUGGCAGGCCGAUAUAACAAGUUCUCCAGAACUCUGCCACAGACUCCUUGGGUAAUAGAUGGAGAGAGAAAAAUGGAAUCCUCUGUAGAAGAACUUAUAGGAGAGCCUUUGAAGAAAAUGUUUGAAGUGGACAAUUUUAAUUUUUCAUCUUCAGGAAGGGAAGAUGUUGAUGUAAGAGCCUUGGGAAAUGGUAGACCCUUUGCAAUUGAACUGCUUAACCCACAUAGAACAUGCUUUCUUCAACAAGACAUAAAAGAGCUUCAACAGAAAAUUAAUAACUCUACUGAUAAAAUUCAAGUUCGGGAUUUACAGAUAGUGACCAGGGAAGCAAUAGGAUAUAUGAAGGAAGGUGAAGAAGAGAAGACAAAAUCAUAUAGUGCUCUAAUUUGGACAGAGAAAGCCAUAGAAAGGAACGAUAUAAAUUUUCUCCAGGAUAUAAAGGACCUAAAGAUUGACCAGAAGACUCCAUUGAGAGUUCUUCACCGAAGACCCCUGGCUGUAAGGACACGGGUAAUACACAACAUGAAAGUAGAAUACGUAGAUCAACAUCAUUUUCGUCUUUAUUUGAAGACUCAAGCUGGAUCGUACGUUAAAGAGUUUGUACAUGGAGAUUUUGGACGUACAAAGCCAAAUCUAGGCACUCUAAUGAACACAACGACAGACAUUCUUGAAUUGGAUGUGGAGUCUGUAGAUGUUGACUGGCCUCCAAAAUUGGAUGAAUGAAGUCAUCGAGUCUAUUCAAUUGCUGGAUAAUCGUGCCCAAUUACAGCUACAACUAAAAAAAAAUUCAAAUAUAUCAUUGGAACUGGUUUGUUUUGAUGAAAAAUUUAAAAGUAACUUAAUAUUACCUGAUGAUGUGGUUGCAAAAUAAAUUCACAGUGGCUUUUGGAUCAAAUAAGCAACUAAUUUGAAAGAUGAUGGUAGUCUUUAACCAUGCGUGGUGCCCAAGCAAAGCAUUUCCUGUCUUAUUUGAAAUAAAUUAGCCCAUCUUUUUUUUAAUACAUUCAUUUCAGGUGAAGUGGUCUUAUGCAUUCCUUGCAUAUUAGCUGGUAUUUUGGCUUCCUGAUUCAAAAUAACAGCUUCUUGGACUCGUGAAAAUAUUGUAAUAUUGUAAAAUUAUCUGUUGCAAUCAGAUGUAGAACCAUAAAGCAACUUGCAUAUUUGUAACAUCUAUGGGUGCAGGUUAAGUUACUUAAAGACACAGUGAUGGGUAUAUAAAAAGCAUCUUCCAAUUUUGUCAAACCAACUGCUUCACCAGCAUUUAAAGGUUGAGGUAGCAAAUAUUACUGAGGGAAAAUGUAACAAAUCGUUUUGCAAUAGCAACUUUGCACGGAGAGUAAUAAGAACAAACACCAUCUGUUAUUUAUGACAUGGGAAAAGAUGCAAGUGAAUUAUGGCAUUGUUUAAAUAUUUUCUUCUAGUCUCUCAUUUAAUUAGUAUGGCUUUUAGGAUGUGUCAUUUUACUUAGUACUGUCAUGCCACAAUCAGAUUUUGUUUGGGUUUACCAUGUAUAAAUUUUAGAAUUAAUAUUUCCAGGAUGAACAUUUUGUUGGCUUGUUUUCAUUGACUUGCUCUGUAGCAAUUUGGUGCAAGAAUUCAAUUUUGAGAAGCAGAAAGUAAGCUAAAUUUACUGGAUUUUUAAUUUGACCAUGUCUUGUUAGUAAAUUAAAUUGUUUUGGUAAUC